AUGCAGAUCUUUUCGAGGCCUCGAACGGGAAUCAGGGUGGACGGACAACCGAUAGAACUCGUCGAUGAGUUUUGUUACCUGGGCUGUACGCUGAAGAACAACGGCAGCUACGAAAAAGAUAUUCAGCAAAGAUGCGCUAAGGCCACUUCUGCACUUAACUCUUUGACAAAAUGCCUGUGGUCGACCCCCAUCACCAACGAAUUCAAGCUGGUAUGUCACAAUAAAGAUUUUUACACAGAAAUUGAUGUGGUAUACCGGCGAAUGACACGUGGAAGAUAUCAACAUCUUGCACCGCCAUCGAAAGUGGCUGAAGUGAAUCGUCUUCGCUUCUUUGGCAAUAUAUUAAGGAGACCGGCUGAUCGCCUUGUUCAACGAAAGAAGCCACCUGGCCGAAAACGGAAGUUCUGGACUGAAGUAGUGAAAGAGGACCUGAGGACACUCGGCGUGGAUAGGCAGUUCAAGCGAGACGUAAGGUUUCGCAGGAUAUGGAACAGUGACGAAUGGAUUGAUUCUGUGCAAGCUCUCGCAGAAGAUCGAGAAGGUUGGGCAGAGCAGUAUUCAACGAGGGCACGCAUCGGCAAAAAUGCGGAUAAUCGCGUCAGGCGAUGA